UGAAUUCAAGUGUUUUUCAAUACAUUUUAUUUAAUGUGUUUUUGGACAGAAAACUAAUGCUAUACUAAAUCAAGAAUAAAGAUAUUAUUUUGUUGGUCACGACAUCGAUGGCUACCAUAACGCGUAUCCUUAGCCUAAGUAAUGGCAAGAGUCUGUAUUUGUUGCCGUCGUCCAUACGGGCGCUGCACUUGUCGUCCAAUCGACACAACGCCAACUUCGAGGUUAAGCCCAUUAAGAAGGUAUUGGUCGCCAACAGAGGUGAGAUAGCGAUACGGGUGUUCAGGGCCUGUACUGAACUGGGUAUUCGUUCGGUGGCCAUAUAUUCUGAGCAAGAUAAGAUGCACAUGCACAGGCUUAAAGCCGAUGAAGCUUAUCUAGUGGGCAAAGGGCUGCCACCGGUCGCCGCUUACCUAAACAUUCCCGAAAUUAUCCGAAUCGCCAAAGAGGCCGACAUCGACGCCAUUCAUCCGGGCUAUGGAUUCCUGUCCGAGCGCUCAGACUUU